AUGGGGGGAAAGCAGAAGCUGGACCGGGACGAAGCAGGCCAACCCGUCAGCUAUGACCCUUCCUUCCGAGGCCCCAUCAGGAACAGGAGCUGCACAGAUGUCAUCUGCUGUAUCCUCUUCCUGGUCUUCAUUCUGGGUUACAUCGCAGUAGGGCUCGUGGCCUGGUUGUAUGGAGACCCCCGACAGGUCCUGUACCCCAGGAACUCUACCGGAGCCUACUGCGGGAUAGGGGAAAACAAAGAGAAGCCAUAUCUCUUCUACUUCAACAUCUUCAGCUGCGUUCUGUCCACCAACCUCAUCACACUAGCGGAGAAAGGCCUCCAAUGCCCCACAACCCAGGUAUGUGUGUCCUCCUGCCCACAUGAUGCAUGGACUGUGGAACCGAAACAGUACAACCAGACAGUUGGGGAGGUCUUCGACGCUGCAAACAGGACCUUCUGUCAGCCAGGGGUAUCCCAAAAUAUGAAAGUGCUUGAAAGCCUGCAACAAGAACUCUGCCCCAGUUUUCUCCUCCCUUCCAGUCCAGCUCUGGGACGAUGCUUUCCAUGGGUCAAUAGUACUCCUCCUGAACUCCCAGGGAUCUCCAGCAAUAUCACUCAGGGGAUCAAUGGCCUUCUAGACGACCUUAAUGCCCGCGAUAUCAGUGUUAAGAUCUUUGAAGAUUUUGCCCAGUCCUGGUAUUGGAUUCUUGUCGCCCUUGGAGUGGCUCUGGUCCUGAGCAUGCUGUUUAUUCUGCUUCUGCGCUUUGUGGCUGGGCCCCUGGUGCUGGUGCUGAUUUUGGGGGUGCUGGGGGUGCUAGCCUAUGGCAUCUACCACUGCUGGAAUGAAUACCGAACGUUGCGGGACAAAGGCACCUCCAUCACCGAGCUGGGCUUCACCACCAACCUCAGUGCCUACGGCAGCGUUAAGGAGACCUGGCUGGUAGCACUCAUCGUGCUGGCUGUACUGGAGGGCGUCCUGCUCCUGCUGCUCAUCUUCCUGCGCCAGCGGAUUCGCAUCGCCAUCGCCCUCCUGAAGGAGGCCAGCAAGGCUGUGGCCCAGAUGAUGUCAACCAUAUUCUAUCCACUCGUCACCUUUGUCCUCCUGCUCAUCUGCAUUGUGUAUUGGGCCAUGACUGCUCUGUACCUGGCCACAUCGGGACAACCCCAAUAUGUCAUAUGGGCACCCAAUAUCUCCAAGCCUGGCUGUGAGCAUGUGACGUUGAACGAGUCCUGCAACCCCAUGCAGAACCAGUCUGACAGCUCCUGCCCAGGGCAGAAGUGCGUCUUCCAGAGCUAUACAUCCACAGGCCUGAUACAACGCUCCAUCUUCAACCUGCAAAUCUACGGUGUCCUGGGGCUCUUCUGGACCCUCAACUGGGUGCUGGCCCUGGGCCAGUGUGUCAUGGCUGGAGCCUUUGCCUCCUUCUACUGGGCCUUCCGAAAGCCACAGGACAUCCCCACCUUCCCCCUGAGCUCUGCCUUCAUCCGCACACUCCGUUACCACACCGGGUCUCUCGCCUUCGGAGCACUCAUCCUGUCCCUGGUACAGAUCGCCAGGAUCGUCUUAGAAUACAUUGACCACAAACUGAGAGGAGCCCAGAACGCUCUGGCCCGCUGCAUCAUGUGCUGCUUCAAGUGCUGUCUCUGGUGUCUGGAGAAGUUUAUCAAGUUCCUGAACCGGAACGCAUAUAUCAUGAUCGCCAUCUAUGGGAAGAAUUUCUGUGUCUCAGCCAAGAACGCCUUCAUGCUCCUCAUGCGGAACGUUCUCAGGGUUGUGGUCCUGGACAAAGUCACAGACCUGCUGCUGUUCUUUGGGAAGCUUCUGGUAGUUGGAGGUGUUGGGGUCCUGUCUUUCUUUUUCUUCUCCGGUCGCAUUCAAGGGCUGGGUAAAGACUUUCAGAACCCCCAACUCAAUUAUUACUGGCUGCCCAUCAUGACGUGCAUCAUGGGGGCCUAUGUCAUCGCCAGUGGCUUCUUCAGUGUUUUUGGCAUGUGUGUGGACACGCUUUUCCUUUGUUUCCUGGAAGACCUGGAACGGAACGACGGCUCCCCAGCUCGGCCCUAUUACAUGUCCAAAAACCUCCUGAAGAUUCUGGGCAAAAAGAACCAGAUGCCUUCGGGGGACAAGAAGAGAAAAAAAUAA